AUGGCUUCAGAUGCUGGUAAUAAAUGUGGGGAUUUUCGGUCGGCAAUUAUUACACAACAUUGGAAUGACCCUCCGCAAAAGCUCUUUCAUAAAGAAGAAGAAGGGUCUGAUUCCAUUGGUCCGCAAGAAAUUGUUACUCUCUUAAAUUCUUUAUUAGACAUUUGCAAAAAGGGUUCAGCUCAGGCAGAAAGAAGGGUUGUCGCUGACACGGAAAAGAGAAUAACAUUCUUAUUUGAGAAACUCGAAAAACAAGAAUUACCGGAUCAGGUGUUGGGAAAAGUAGGCAAGGUUUGCGAGCACCUUGACAACAAGAACUUUCAAAAUGCAUUGUCGAUGCACAACAAUCUCAUGACAAGUCACUUCGAUAAGGAAGGAAAAUGGUUGUUGGGCGUUAAAAGACUGAUUGACCUAUAUCAGAAACAAAUAGUCGGUGGAUCAACUGCAGUAUACAGUCAACCCAUAUUUAAUCUUCAGUUACUGACUCUGCGUGCUGGAUGGGUGGCUCAGGAACUGUUGAUCACGUUCGGCGACAAAAUUGGCGAAGUUGCGUUGGUUCCUGGGAAGACCAGCGCUGUAUUCAAAGUGCUUGUUAAUAAUGUUGUAGUAUGGGACAGAAAACAAACCGGACGAUUUCCUGAACUCAAGGAAUUGAAACAAUUAAUACGGAACUUGAUAGCUCCCGGUAUGGCCCUUGGUCAUAGCGAUUCGGCCAAAAAGGUAGCGGUUGAGGAAAAGGAAAAGGAGCAAGUUGGAGCAGCAACGACAGACGCAAAGGAAGCGACGAAAUCUCUUAAAUGCGAAGAUUGUUGA